AUGGCCACGAAACUCACUCUCCCCCUGCUCAGUCUCUUAGUCUUCUACACCAUCUUCUAUACCUUUGAGAUCAAUGGCGCCAGCAAGCUGGUGAAAGAGACCGUUGCGACCGGAAAGCUCCCUGCUAGCGAUGCAUCUCUGCGCCAGACCUACACGGGAAUCGCGCCUCUUGAUCGUCUUCUUACAAUCCUGGUCAUCUUCUUCUGGCCUCUCACCGAUGGGAGCAAUCUCUCUCUGGUGAUUCAUUCGAUUGGCUUUUCAGGGACAUUCGGUUCGGCCUGGGUCCUUAUAACUCUAGAAUCAUGGAGGAGAGGAAACGCCUGGAAACUUGUGGCAUUUCCGAUGGUGUUCGGCUUGGUCGCACAAGCGAUGACAAUUGCUUUUGCUGCCCCUCUCUAUUUCGCAGUCCAGCUGUUCAGCUCGGCCACGGCGGUCAUACCAACAGCAGAGAACGUCCGCGUGCCAAGGGCAGUUCUCAAGGCCAUUCCGUUGGUCUUCGUGGUUGGAUACAUGGUGCCCACUGGCCUCAUGCUUAUCCCAGUGUCCGACAAUGUCACCCCGGACUUGAAGCAAGUUCUCAUUGCCCUGUGGCAGCCGUGGCCUGCUUACGUCUCGAUUCUGCUGACUUUCGCCCACCUCGCGUUCUCACCAUUUACUGCCAAUGAUAGCACCCUUGAGGGCAGUCGUGCGACCCUGCGUUCGCUCCGAUGGGUUUACGCGUUCGCUUUUGCCAACACCGCGCUGACUCAUAUCAUUUCAUGGGUUAUUCCCCUCACGACCGUUGCCGUACCCUGGAUUUUCAAGGAAGAAUUUCUGCAACCACUCCAUCCGCUCGUUGUGUUCGACAUUCCGAAGCCGUGGGGAGCGCCCGUCCUCGUGGAAGAUGUUGGCGCUGGCGUGCAUGCAUUCCUUCGCUGGGACUAUAUCAUUAGCUCGACUGCUACUUUGAUCUGGGCUUUGAGCUUGUACAGAGCUGCUCACCGUGUUGUUUACGGGCGGGUUCGACCGGGAUGCGUUGUAUUGCUUGCCAAGAUAGCUGCGUUGACAGCUUUGACUGGGCCGGUCGGAGCAGCUGUCGAACUACUUUGGGAAAGGGAUGAGCUGGUGUUCAAUGAGCUUGGAGGAUCAAAAAGGACAGCCCCGGCGGAGAAGAAGGUUGCCUAG